CUGAGGCGACCAAUAGUUGUGCCAGUUUCUUAAGCUGUGUUCGCUUUUCAGACGCUUUUCAUUUCAUACGAAUUUCGUUGUUGUACAUGCAUGUGGUGGUGUGUGUGUGUUGUGCCUGUGUGUGUUGUGUUGUGUCUGGCAAGUGGAAAUAUUUUGAAAUAGCCACAUGCAACAUGCAUUAAGUGUUGAAAUUGCGAACGCGGCCAAGUGAUGUGGCCAGGAGAAAAGACGCUGCUACCACGUGAGAUUAGACCAAGGUGUCGCCAGCUUCAGGAUUAUGAGAUCGCAUGUGGCCGUUUAUCGUGCGCCCGACAACGCAAACGGUUGCCAAUUCCCUAGAUAUGCGCAACAUCAACAUCAACAUCAGCAACAACAAUUGCAACCACAACCACAACAAUCACAUGCUGUUUGGAAUAACAAUUGCUACAAUCUUCAGGCGCAACUGCAUCAUGGAAUCUACCAUGCAACAGCUGGAGCAGCGGCGCCACCACAGGCUCAACAGCUGCUUGUCAAUCAGCAGCGGAUCAACGAGUGCGCUGGAAUACCGCUUAUAUCGAAUGCCUGUAGCCACUUGACGCCCGCCCAGCGUCAGCGUCUGCUGCGCAAGUCCACCAAACUAUGGCCUUCAAGUGGCGCACACUCCAUGUCCCAGCUGGCGGCGCAUGCGCAGGGACAGCCGUUGCUGCAGAAUAACAACAAGCAACAUCAACAUGUGCAACAUCAUCUUCAACAGCAGCAGCAACAACAACAGCAGCAGCAGCAGCACUUGCAACAUCCGCAACAGUCCUGGCCAGCACAUGCCACAAGUUAUCAUUCCAUGCGUAUCAAUAACUUUCAAUUGACGGAUAAAUCCCGAGUGCUUCGCUACCAGAAUUCAGCGCCGGCGGCACUUAGUUCCGAGGAGCAUCAAAAAUCACUAAGCAACAGCAACAACAUUAACAGUAACAAUAACAACAACAAUAACAAUAACAGUAGCAGUAUUGGUCAGGAUUCAACACAGCCUGUGGCAGAUAGCUGCCUGCCACGCAUCAUAAAGCCGCGCAAGCGUCGCAAGAAGGAUCGCAAGCCGGCCAAUGGAGUGCUCCUUAAAAUGGAUGCGGAACUGCAGCCAAAGUUGCAACAGCAACUGCAACAACAACAGACAACAGCAGUCAAUUCCAUUGGCUAUACACAACUGUUGCCCAUGGCUUGCAACAAUGGCAACAUGCAACACGAUCACAGUCAUGGCGUUUGCUUCUGUCGUGACUGUGAUCCGUUGCGUUCCCUGUGGGAUUAUCCAUUGCGCCGCUCGCACUCGGAUGCCUCCUCCAACGGACAGGGCAGGGACGGUCGCAGCAGCUGCUCCACAUCCACAACCACAUCUACAUCCUCCUCAUCGACGCACUCGGAUAAUUCAUGCGCCAGCUCGAUUUGUUCACAGAAUGUAGCCAAUAGUUUUGACGAGACGACGGAACAUUUUGCACCCAUCACCGGUGACAGCAGUCGAGCCGAAAUUGUGGGCGUUAUUGGCUCUCAGCGCAGUCACGCCCACUGCAGCACCACGAGAGCUGCCACAACGCCAGCGCCAUUGUAUCUAAGUGACUCGAGCGACUCUGGCUAUGGCGACAUCCUGAGUGGCAUGAAUAUUGCCAACGAUUUGUUUGCCAGCUGUUUUGGUCAUGUUGCAAGCAACGCAACAAAUACGCAUGCAACCAGCGCCGAGACGCUCCUUAAUGAAAGCAUCAACGAGAUUUCACGCAAACUAAUCGAAACGUGCGCUGUCAACGAACCAAACGAUGUUGCCACCAAUGGAUUAGGUUGUGGCAGCAACAACAACAACAACAACGGCGGCAGCAGCAGCAACAGCAGCAGCAGCGGGAGGGGAAGCGGCAGCGGCAGCGGUAGCGGGGACAGUGACAGUUGCUCGGCAUCCGCCAGCGAUAGUGGCUUAGACAGCGCUGGCAGCUAUAACUCUGAGGCGCUUGUCUUCAACUUUGAGCAUUUAAAUCUGACGGAUACGAAUUUUGUGACGCCCACAGCAAUGGAUUUUCUAGUUGACUGCAACAACAACAACAACAACAACAGCAGCAGCAACAACAACAACAACAGCAACAACAACAACAAAUCUGAGCAACAAUUUUAUAACAAUUGCUUUGACUUGGUUUGGCGCAGCAGCAACAACUGCAACAACAACAGCAACCACAACCACAACAGCUGCAACAACAACGGCAACGACAAUCAAGUGACAGCUGGCAAAGGCGGCGAUAGCAAUGCCACACCCACAACUUUAAUGCUGGGCACGGUUGGAAAAUUGAAGCCAGCAUUUUCCACCAUCUCGUGACAACAGAAUAAAAGCAGCAACAACAACAACAAUAACAACGACGACGACGACGACGAUAAACUAAUCACAUAGACGAAAUCCAAACCAAAAUGGAGCUGUGCCCCCUUCUUUUUAUUUUUGUUUAUUUAAAAGAGAGGGGGAUGGAAAGUUUUCAACUUUACGACUCGAGUGGAAAUUGGAGCUAAUUGCUGCAACAUAUGUGGGCCCGUCUUUGGAUUCCCAGUGCGUGGGCGUCUUACCAUAAACGUGGGCGUGUUAACGCGUACGUGUGCGUUGCAUAACCGAAACCGUUAACCCACUAAUAAAGCGAAUCAGCUGGCGUAGAGAAAUUGAGUGGAACAGCAAAAGAAACAAAACAAAAGACAUUGAAAUUAAUGCCUCAUGGGCUCAACAAGAGCAGCAACAACAACAACAACAACAACGAUUGGCGAUAUAACUGAAGUCGACGAGCUCGCUGUGGAAACCUUGCUUAUAGAUAUAUAUAUAUACUUAUAUACAUAAAGUAUAUAUACAUAUAUAUGUAUAUACAUGCUACAACUUUCACUUUCACUGCGGCAGAGUCUCUUUGUUUUUGCCCAGACAACCGACAACCACAAAGAGGCAACAACAAAAGCAACUACAACAACAACAACGAUGAUGACGACGACGACCAAAACUCUUAUGCAGAUUUUAAGGCAAAAGUAAUAGAAAUCGUGUACAGACAAAGCCCGGCCAAAAUGUUUGGCUACAGCUACAGCAAAAGAUACAAAUAUACCGAUAUAUAGAUACACA